GCCUGGCCAUGCCGGUGUGUGUGUCUUGAAGGAGGCGCAGAAAGAAGUAGAGGAAUCUUCAGGGAGUGUUUUGUAGUUAAUCAUCAGGAAACGUGUUGCUUCAGACGGAGGAUAUCAGACUCUUCCCCAAGAAAGCUGCGUUUAUUAAGCUUCGUUAUUGAAACUGAGGUCUGCUAUUUAUGUAGUGGUAUACUUUGUGUAAUGCACAGCUCCUGGAGGAUGGACCCUUUUAGGUUAAUCUGGUCGUUACAUAAUUUCAAAAAGUGUACCGCAGUGCGUGACCCGAACUCCUCACUUCUCAGGUGAAUAGACACAAGUGUCAAAAAAGUGGUUGCCAGGCGCCUUCAAGAUUGCGUCUCACAGGAGUCCUCAAUCGUGGCGUGGCUGGCCUUGCCCUGCCCCCUGCUGCAGGCGUCAAGUCGUGCAUGGACACGAGGUUCCGCAGGAGACGCGAUCACUGCUCCUUAACACUAUUGCGACAAAUGUAGUGCAAAAUCUGCGAUGUGGGCGCCUGGCAGGUGUGUGGCCUUCGACGUGGCCGCGGCCCCUCCACAGGUGUCUUGGUGCGCGUUGAGGCGCUGCCACACGCACACGGCUGUCUGAUAACCAGCACGGACUGACCAGCAGCACUAAUUUUCGCUGGUGAUUCAGUGCAGAACCGCUGCGGCGCCUCCGUCCGCCGUCAUGGUUCGCCACAGGCCCUCGCGGGGCCCCUGGGCUUUCCGUCAGACAUGCCCUGUGUCUUCUCUCCUGCCUCUGCUUCUCCUGCUUCUACUUGUACCAUGUGCUUCUAAAGCCCAGCAACAAUACCAAGACGAUGUGGUGUUCUACAAGAAGAGUGACGAUGGUAUUUUGAAAUGCGUGGCGCACCUCCAGUACUCGCUGUCCCCUGAGCCGUCUGGGUCUUUGGAAAACCUGGAGUGUCAACUCGCCUCGGACAUGACUCGCUCUACCUCCUCCUCAGCAAGUUUCAACUGCGACCAGGUGUAUCCCGCACCAUGGUGGCCUGAGAGCUGGGAUAAUAAGAUUGGAGACUGCCGACAACAACUCUCCUUUUCCUCUUCCACCUCCUCCUCCACCUCCUCCUCCUUCUUCACCUCUUCCCUUUCCUCUCCGACGAAUUCGAGAACAUCGUCUUUCAACGGUGAGUUUGAGUUAACAUCCUCCCCUGCCGAACCAUCCUCUCAUAUUACGUGGCGUUGCGGGAGGGUACAUCAGAAGCCUAGGCACUUUGUCUCCCCAGUAACACCCUCCUUCUCCCCGUCCACAAUCAGUAGAAGUAACAAAGGCUACUCAUCCCUUGACUGUUUAUGCGAGGAGUCAAAACUAGAAUGUCUUUGUGAGCCCCUCAGUAGUAGCGUGCUGCCUUCAAGCCUCGACUGUCUCUGUGAACCGUGUAGUGUUAGCAGUUGCUCCGCCAGUAGUGAGAGUACUAGUAGUGGUCCAAGUGGUAGUAAUAAUAGUAGUAGUAGUAGUAAUAAUAGUAGUAGCAGUAGUAAUAGUAGUAGCAGUAGUAAUGGUAGUAGUAGUAGUAGUAGUAGUAGUAGUAGUAGUAGUAGUAGUAGUAGUAGUAGUAGUAGUAGUAGUAGUAGUAGUAGUAGUAGUAGUAGUAGUAGUAGUAGUAGUAGUAGUAGUAGUAGUAGUAGUAGUAGUAGUAGUAGUAGUAGUAGUAGUAGUAGCAGUAGUAGUGAUAGCAGUAGAAGCAGCGCCAGCAGCAGUAGCAGUAUUAGUGGUAGUAGUAGUAGUAGUAGUAGUAGUAGUAGUAGUAGUAGUAGUAGUAGUAGUAGUAGUAGUAGCAGUAGUAGUGAUAGCAGUAGAAGCAGCGCCAGCAGCAGUAGCAGUAUUAGUGGUAGUAGUAGUAGUAGUAGUAGUAGUAGUAGCAGUAGUAGUGAUAGCAGUAGAAGCAGCGCCAGCAGCAGUAGCAGUAUUAGUGUUAGUAAUGAUAGCAGUAGUAGCAUCAGCACCAGAAGCAGCAGCAGCAGCAGCAGGAAAAAUAUUAGUCUCAUUAGCAGCAGUAGCAGCAUUUACAGUAGUGGAAACUGUUUCAAAAGUAGUAGCAAUUUUGCCAGUUUGAGAAGCAGCACCAGCAACAAAAUUAGCAUGAGUAGUUUUAGCGUCGGUAGUAGCAGUCUCACCUAUGUCAGCAUUUUAAGUAGAAGUAUCAGUACUGAAAGCAGCAAAACUAGUCUUGCCGGGAGCAACAGUAAGAAUAUUUUCAGCAGCUAUAGUAGCCUCAACGGCCUAUUCAGCAGCAGCAACAGUUUCAGCAGUAUCAUCAGCAGAAACAGUCUUUUCACCAGUAGCGGUGUCAGCAGUGUGUAUAGUAGCAGCAGCAGAAGUUUUGCGAGUGGUAGCAGCCCUAUCAUUCAAAGCAGUAGCAGCACUUUUAACUGUUUCAGCAGUAUUGACAGUUUCACAAGUAUGACCAGAAGCAGUUCAAGUAUUAUCAACUUUGUCUCUUGUUUCAGUAUUAGUAAUAGUAAUAGCAAGAGCAGCAGCAGCAGUAUUAGCAGCAAAGAUAGUUUUAUAAGUAGCGGAAGUAGGAUUAGAAUCAGCAGCGGAACGAGUUUCAGCAGCAGCAGCAUGAGUAGCAGCACUAGUGACAACAGAAGCAGCAGUAGCACCAGCAUUGGUUUUAGUAGAAGCAGCAUUAGCAUUUCCAGCAACAGUUUCAGUAGCGGUAGUCAGAGUUCAAGUAGUAAUAGCGUAGGUGAAGGCACCAGCAGUGACAGCUCAGCUACCAAUAAGGGCAGAAGCAUCAGUAGUUUCAGCAGUUUAAGCAGCCUCAAAAGUAGCAGGGUUUCCAUCAGUUUCAGUAGUAGCAUCAGUCUUAGUAGUAGUAGUUUCAGUUUUAGCAGCAAAAGCAUUCCCAACAAUAGUGAUACUAGCUUCGGUAGCAGUAUUAGUAGUGGCAGUAGUAGUAGAAGUAAUAUCAACAGCAUCAGUAUCAGCAGCAGCAGCAGCAGCAGUAGUAGUAGUACUAGUAGUAGUAGUAGUAGUAGCAGUAGUAGUAGUGGAAGUAAGAGUAGUAUCAGCAGCAUCAGCAGCAGCAGCAGCAGCAGUAGUAGUAGUAGUAGUAGUAGUAGUAGUAGUAGUAGUAGUAGUAGUAGUAGUAGUAGUAAGAGUAGUAUCAGCAGCAUCAGCAGCAGCAGCAGCAGCAGCAGCAGCAGCAGCAGCAGCAGCAGCAGCAGUAGUAGUAGUAGUAGUAGUAGUAGUAGUAGUAGAAGUGUGAGCAGCAGCAGUAUCACCAUCACCGCCACCACCACUACCAGCAUCUCCAGUAGUACCAGCAGUGAUAUUAGUACUUCAUUCAGUAGUAGUAGUAGUAGUAGUAGUAGUAGUAGUAGUAGUAGUAGUAGUAGUAGUUGUUGUAUUAGCAGCAGCAGCAGCAGCAGCAGAAGCAACACCAUCAGGAGCAAUAGCAAUAUUGGCAGUGAUACUAAUAGCAUUAGUAGCAGUAGUAGUACUAGUAGUAGCAGUCGCAGAAUCAGUCGUAGUAGUAGUAGUAGUAGUAGCAGUAGUAGUAGAAGUAGUAAUAGUAGCAGCAGCAGCAGCAGCAGUAGUAGUAGUAGUAGUAGUAGUAGUAGUAGUAGUAGUAGUAGUAGAAGUAGUAGCAAUAGUAGUAGUAGUAGAACUAGUAUCAUCAGCAUCAGCAUUACUAGCAGCAGUAGCAGCAGCAGCAGCAGCAGUAGUAGUAGCAGUGGUAGUAGUAGUAGUAGUAGUAGUAGUAGUAGUAGAAUGAGCAGCAGCAGUAGCAGUACCACCAUCACCGCCACCACCUCUCCCACUAUCUCCAGUAGCCCUAGCAGUGCUAUUAGUACUUCUUUCAGUAGUAGUAGUAGUAGUAGUAGUAGUAGAACUAGUAGUAGUAGUAGUAGUAGUUGUUGUUGUUGUUGUAGUAGCGGCAGCACUACCAGCAGGAGCAACAGCAAUAUUGGCAGCGGUACUAGUAGCAUUAAUAGAAGUAAUGGUACUAGUAGUAGUAGUAGUAGUAGUAGUAGCAGUCGUAGAAUCAUUCGUAGUAGUAGUAUUAGUAGUAGCAGUAGUAGUAGUAGUAGUAGUAGUGGUAGUAGUAGUAGUAGUAGUAGUAGUAGUAGUAGUAGUAGUAGUAGCAGCAGCAGCAGCAGCAGUAGCAGCAGCAGCAGCAGCAACAGCAGUAGUACUAGUAGUAGUAGUAGUAGUAGUAAUAGUAGCAGAAGCAGCAGCAGCAGUAAUAGCAAUACCAGAAGCAGCAGCAGCAGUAGUCACAACCAGCCAAGUAGUAUUAGUGUCAGUAGAAUGUAUUCUAGUAGCAGUUUUAGAAAUCAAAUCAGUUUCACCAGUAGUAGUGCUUUCAGUCAUAAAAGCAUUUUCAUUAGUAGUAGUAAUACUAGGAGUUUUGUUACUAGUAGUUUCUUCAGUGAAAGUGGUUUGUUAAACAAUAAGACAUUUAGUAGUAUCAGCAGUUUCAGGAGCAGAAGCAAUCCUGGUUAUAGCAGCACUAGUAGUGCCAGUAGCAAAGCCUUCAUCUUUAGCUUCAGUUUCAGUAUUAGUAGCAACAGCAGCAGUUUCCAUAGUCUCAGCAGUCCCAGUAGUUUCAUCAGCAGCAGUGAUUUAAGCAUCAGCAUAGGUGUUAACAGUAAUAACAUAAGUAGGAAUAAUUUCAGCAGUUUUAGUGUUGACAGCAGUAUCUCAGGUAGUAUUAAUAGUGUCAGUAGUUUUAGAAGUGGUAAUUCAAAAAUUAGUAGUACUUCAGAUGGUUGCAGCAUUACUAGCAGCUUUAAGAGUUUCAGCAGAAGUCUCAGCAGUAGCAACAUCCAAGGAAGCAGCCGAAGUUUCUUAAGCUCCAGCAUAAAUAGUUAUAGUUUCAGCAAUGGUAUGUUGAGUAGAGUAAGUGGUUCCAGUAUUAGCAGCAGCCUUUGCAGUAUAAGUAGCGAAUUUAGCAGUAGUACAAGCAACUGCUUAAGUAGCAGCAAAAAAAUUCUGAGUCCCAGCAGUCAUCUCAGCAACAGUCAUAAACAUAGCAGCAUUAUGAAUUUGAGUAGUAUUAGUGGGGAUAUAAAGAACAGCACCAGUAGCAUUCCAAGUGCUAGUUUCAGCCUUUUCAGCAAUAACAGCAGUUCUAGUAUUAGGAAUAGUUCCACAAGUAUUGACUGCAUCUGUGAGACGAGCAGUGUCGUUAGUAGCGUAGUUGGUUCAAGUAGCAACGUAAGCGGUGGUGGUAGUGGUAGUAGUAGCGACGUCAGCAGUAGUAGAAGAAACAGCAACAGCAGCAGCAGUAGUAGUAAUAGUAGUGGUAGUAAUAGCAGUAGCAGUAGCAGCAGCAGUAGCAGCAACAGUAGUAGCAGCAGCAGAAACAGUAGUAGUAGUAGCAGCAGCAGUAGCAAUAGUAGUAGCAGCAGCAACAGUAGUAAUAGAAGCAGCAGCAGCAGCAGCAGCAGCAGCAGCAGUAGUAGUAGCAGCAGCAGUAGUAGUAGCAGCAGUAGUAGUAGUAGUAGUAGUAGUAGUAGUAGUAGUAGUAGUAGUAGUAGUAGUAGUAGUAGAAGUAGUAGUAGUAGUAGUAGUAGUAGCAGAAGUAGUAAUAGUAGUGGUAAGAGUAGCAGCAGCAGCAGCAGCAGCAGCAGUAGUAGUAGUAGUAGUAGUAGUAGUAGUAAUAGUGGUAGUAGUGGAAUUGGUGGCAGUAGUAGUAGUAGUAGUAGUAGUAGUAGUAGUAGUACUAGAAGUAGUAGUAGUAGUAGUAGUAGUAGUAGUAGUAGUAGCAGUAGUAGUAGUAGUAGUAGUAGUAACAGUAGUAGAAGUAGUAGUAGUAGUAGUAGUAGUAGUAAUAGUAGUAGUAGUAGGAGUAGUAGUAACAGCAACAUAAGUAGUAGUAGUAGUAGUAGUAGUAAUAGUAGUAGUAGUAGUAGUAGUAGUAAUAGCGGCAGUAGUAGUAGUAGUAGUAGUAUUAGUAGUAGUAGUAGUAGCAGUAGUAGUAGCAGUAGUAGUAGCAGCAGCAUUAGUGACAUACACAGGGUUAGCACUAGUACCAGAAGUAGUGUCAUUACUAGUAGCACUGGCAGUAGCAGCAGCAGCAGCAGUAGUAGUAGUAGUAGUAGUAGUAGUAGUAGUAGUAGUAGUAGUAGUAGCAGUAGCAGUAGUAGUAAUAAUAGUAGUAGUAGUAGUAGUAGUAGUAGUAGUAAUGGUGGUAGUAGUAGUAGUAGUAGUAUUAGUUGUUAUAGUAUUAGUACUACUAGUCUCAGUAAAAGUAGUAGUAUUAGUAUUAGUAGUAUUAGUAGUAGUGGUAGUAGUAGUAGUAGUAGUAGUAGUAGUAGUAGUAGUAGUAAAACGGCACUCAGUAGUGUCGGUAGUUUUGACAGUAGCAGUAGCAGCAUUUUCAGAAGUUUCGCGAGUAGUAUCGUUCCCUGCUACAGUUUCAGUAGUAGCAAUAGCGUUAGUACUAGUAGCAAGACGAGCAACAACAAGAGAAGCAGUAGCAGCAGCAUUGGAGGUAGCAGUUUCAGCCGUAACAUUAGUUUCAAUAUCAGUUUCUUCACUAGCAGUGGUAGUAGCAGCAGCCUCAUUAGCAGAAAGGCUCUCAGUAGCAGCAGCAGUUUCAUCAGUUUCUGUGGUAGCUUUGACAGUUGUUUUGUCAGCAUAUAUAGUUUGCCCAGCAGAUUCAGCAGAAGCAGUAUUCCUAAUAGUAUAAGUAGUACUAUCAGUAGUUUCCUAUGUAGCAAUACUUUUAGCUAUCUUAGUGGCUCCAUUGGUGGCAGCAGUUUCAGCAAUAGUAUCAAGAUUAUCAAUAGCAGCAGCCUUAGCAACGUCUAUGGUUUCCUCAGCAAUAGUAGCCUCAGCAGUAGCCACUUCAAAGGCCUCAGUAGUACUAGUAGCAGUGUCCUCGUCAGCAAUAAGAGCUUCACAACUAUAAGUAGUCUUAGCAAAAGCAGCAGGUUCAGAAGUACCACCAGUUUUAGUAGUAGUAUUAGCAAUGCCAUUAGCAGUAUCAGCAGCAGCAACAGCAGGAGCAGCAGCAGCAGCGGCAGCAGCAGUGCUAGUAAGAGAAGUAGUAGUAGUAGCAGCAGCAGCAAUAGCAAUAGUACUGAUACUAGUAGUAGUAGUAGUAGUAGUAAUAGUAGUAGUAGUAGUAGUAGUAGCAGCAGCAGCAGCAGCAGCAGCAGCAGCAGCAGCAGCAGCAGCAGUAGUAGUAGUAGUAGUAGUAGUAGUAGUACUAGUAGUAGUAGUAGUAAUAGUAGUAGUUGUUGUAGUUGUAGUAGUAGCGGUAGUAGUAGAUUCAGCAGUAAUAGUUUUGGUGGCAAUAGUAGCGGAAGUGCUUUGUCUCUAAUCAGUAAUUCAAGUGGUGGUGCCUCAAGUUCUUCUCCCAGAAAUAUCUCCUUAUAUUCCUCAAGUCUGAGCAAUAUCUCCUUCUCUUAUGCCGUUAGUGAGUCCUCGAGUACCUCACCAGAUCUCCAUUCAGUGACCUUGGUUACGAUACCUUUCACAACAAGCGUUAUGCCCUUUACAAAAUCGCAAAGUCCCAAUAAUCUUACAGUGAUAUCACCCCUUUCGAGUUCUUCCUUGCAAUCAAGUUCCAAUUCUUCCUCGAGUGAGUUUAAUUUAUCGUUUUCAAGUUUUAAUACGUCAUUGUCAACUUCCAGUGAUUUUUUGAGGUCAAGGUCUUCGAGUUUUUCCCUGCUUCCAAGUUUAAGUAUUUUUUCUUCAAGGGUGAAUAGUUCUUUCUUAAGCUCAAAAAUAUUAUCUUCUUGUCGUGGCCGAGUAUCGUGUUCCUCUUUACUAAGUACCUUUACCUCUUUUUCAUCUUGCUCCAUAAGUUCGAAUCCUUUAUUCCCAUGUAUAUUAAUUUCUUCAGUUUUGAGUAGCUGUUCAUUAAGUCAGAGGUGCUCUUUCAUAUCAAGUUUAACUGAGUUCUCUCCUUCAUGCUCCAUUUGUCACUCCAUUUCAAGCUCGUAUGGUUUAUCUUUAUUAAGUUUGAACAGCGCUUCUUCAUGGUCAGGUGGUGUUUCUUUCUUAAGUAUUUCCUCUGUCUCAACCUCCACCACUUCCUCUUCAAGAUCGAACAUUUUCUCCUUUUCACAGUUAAACGUACUUUCUUCUUUAAGCAGGUUCUCAUCUUCAAGCUGGAGCUGCUGCUUUCCUUCAAGAGAAAGUUGUAGCUCUUUCUCAAGUUCAUGUUCUUUCUCUCCAAGCUCUAGAAGUUUCUCUUCAUUAAGCUCUGCCAGUUUCCUUCUAUCAAAAUCAAGCAGUUUUCCUCCGUCAAGUUCGAUCAGUCUCCCUUCAUCAAGUUCGAGUAUCUUCCCUCCUUCAAGUUCGAAUAGUUUCCCUUCAUUAGAUCUUUCUUCAAGUUCAAGCAGAUUCCCUCAAUCAACCUCAAGCAGUCCACCUUCAAGUUUUUCUUCAUGUUCAAGUACUCCCUCUGCAUCAAACCCAAGCUUUUUAUCAAGCUGGAGCAGUUUUCUUACUUCAAGUUCAACAAGUUUAUCUGCGAGAUCAAACAGUGUAUUUUCAAGCUUAAAUAGUCGCCUUCCAUCAAGUUCGAGAAGUUCAAGUCUCUCUCUAGCAAGUUCUAGCAGUUUUCUUUUAUCAAGUCUGAACAGUUCUCCUCCAUCAUCUUCAAAUAGUUUUUGUUCAUCAAGUCUGAUGAAGUUUUCUUCUUCAAGUUCGAGCAGCUUCUCUGCACUGAGCUUCAUAAGUUUGGUUGCAUGCUCGAGUAGUUUAUCUUCAUGUUCAAUUCAGUUUCCUUCAUCAAGCUCAAGGAGUUCCCUUUUCUCAAGAUCAAGUACUUUCUCGCCAUCAUACUCAAGCAGUUUCCUCCGUUCAAGUUCAAGUACUUUCUCUCUAUCAAAUUCAAGCAUUUCUUUUCCUUCAAGUUUAAGUACUAUGUCUUCAUCAAGCUCAAGCAGUUCGCUUCCUUUAACAUCAAAGAAUUUCCCUCUCUCAAGUUCAAGUAGUUUCUCUCCAUUAAGCUUAAACAGUGUCUCUUCUUCAAGUUCGACUCGUCUGUUUUCAAGUUCGAGUUUCCUUCCAUCAAGGUCAAUUAGUUUCUCCUCAUCAAGUUCGAGCAGUGUCCUUACAUCAUCUUCGAUCAGUUUGCCUUCAAGCUUGAACAGUUUAUUUUCUUCAAGUUCAAUCAGUUUCUCAUCAAGUUCGAGUAGUACUUCUCUAACAAGUUCUACCAGCUUCCUAAAAUCUGAUUCGAUUAGCCUCUGUCUACCAAAUUCCAACAGCUUUUCCUCAAGUUUGACUGUUUUGCCAUUAUCAAGUUUAAGCAGUUUCUCUACACCAAGUCCGAGCAGAUUCUCAUCUUCAAGUUCAUUUAUUUUACUGAUUACAAGUUUGAACAAUUCAUCCUCAAGCUGGAGUAGUUUAUCUUCAUCAAGUUCGAGGAGUUUCUCUUCUUCAAGAUCCAACAGUUUUCCCUCAUCAGUUCUAAUCAGUUUAUCAUCAAGACUAAAUAGUAUCUCUCCACCAAGCUCAAUUAGUUUUUCAUGCUCAAACGACUUUUCUUAUAUAAAUUCGAGGGAGGUUUCUCCUUUAAGAUCAAAUAGUUUCUCUUCAUCUUCAAAUAGCUUCUCUACAAGUCUGGCCACUCUUUCUCCUCCAAGUUCAAGUAGUUUCACUUCAGAGUUGAGUAGUAUGUUUUUGUCAAGUUCAUUUAGAGUCUUUUCAUCAAGUUUGAGCUUUUUAUCUCCAAGUUUGAUUAAUUUCUCCACUAUAAGUACAAACAGUCUCCCUCAGUCAUCUUCAAGGACUUCCCCUCCUCCACCAAAUAUGAGCAGUUUCCCUCCGUCAAGUUCAAGCACUUCCCCUCCAUCAAGUUCAAGUAGUUACCAUAUAUCAUGUACGAAUAAUUUCCUUCUAUCAAGUUCGAACAGUUUCUCUUCAUCAAGUUCAAGCAGUCUUCUUUCAAGUCUAUGCUGUUUCUUUCCAAGUUUGAACAAUUUCUCAUCUCCGAACUCUCAUCGUUUCUCAUCUAAUCUCAUCACUUCAUCUGCAUCAAGUUCAAGCCCAAAAAUUAUUGCAAGUUUAAGUAGCAGUUUACCUACAUCCUCCUGCUGCUCCUUUUCACUAGCUGUCUCAAGUAUUCCAAGUUCCUUAAUCAGUUCUUCUCAAGUUCAGACAAGUUUCAGUUGUGAGUAUAUCUACCUUUUUCUCUCACAGUACACGCUUGCUGUCUGUCUUUGUCUCUCACGCGGUUUUGCUUGUUUCCAUCCUUGUGCUGUUAGCUAAACUUGUUGAAUAUUAUCAACACAUUGUUGUUAUUGUCAUUUGUUGUUGUUGUUGUUGUUGUUGUUGUUGUUAUUGCUUCAUGAUGUAUUUUCCUGCAUAUUACAUCCUCAUUUCCUUUUUCUCUCUUAAAGGUGAGUCAUAAUAUUAAGGGCAGAGAUAUUUUUUGACAUUUACAUGCUCAUAAGACCUUUAUUAUUUAAACAUUUAUUACUGAAUUCCAGGUGUCACCUCCAUUACAUUUCAAGCGAAAGCCUAAUAUUUAUCGAC